GGGGGCGUCGUCCAGGCUCCAACUUGAAGGGCCGCGCGGCGGGGGCUGCUCGGAGCGGCGGCGCCGGCACCUACUUCCGAGAAGUGUCCUCCUCCUCGCUCUCUCUUUUUGGCAUGUUAUCGAGGCUUUUAGAACACAAAGACCCUUCACAAGAACCUGCACAUGGCCUUUAUAAAUAUGUGUCUGAGACAAGCAUUCAAUACAGAAGCUGAAAAUGCCUGGAAGAUUUCUUGUUUGUCUCACUGCUUUUCCAGCCCUUUUGUGUCUCUGCCUGAUUUGGGUGAUAUGAUAUUCAGAGGGGCCCUUUAAUUGAAGCCUUUCCUCAGUGAGACACAUCUGGCGGCAGAUUGGGUAGGUAAUUUGAAAUGGCCAGCCAGCCGCCCGAAGACACUGCGGAGUCCCAGGUCUCCGACGAGCUCGAGUGUAAGAUCUGUUAUAACCGAUACAACCUGAAACAGAGGAAACCGAAAGUGCUGGAAUGUUGUCACAGGGUUUGUGCCAAAUGCCUCUACAAGAUCAUAGACUUUGGGGACUCCCCACAAGGCGUCAUCGUCUGUCCUUUCUGCAGGUUUGAGACAUGCCUGCCAGAUGAUGAAGUUAGCAGCCUGCCGGAUGACAACAACAUCCUUGUAAACUUGACUUGCGGAGGCAAAGGGAAGAAGUGCCUGCCAGAGAACCCCACCGAGCUGCUGCUGACCCCCAAGAGGCUGGCCUCUCUAGUCAGUCCUUCCCACACGUCCUCCAACUGCCUGGUCAUAACCAUCAUGGAGGUGCAGAGAGAGAGCUCCCCAUCUCUGAGCUCCACUCCCGUGGUGGAAUUCUACAGGCCUGCAAGUUUCGACUCUGUCACCACUGUGUCACACAACUGGACUGUGUGGAAUUGCACGUCCCUGCUUUUCCAGACAUCCAUCCGGGUGUUAGUGUGGUUGCUAGGUUUGCUGUACUUCAGUUCCUUGCCCUUAGGGAUCUACUUACUGGUAUCUAAGAAAGUCACCCUGGGGGUUGUCUUUGUCAGCCUCGUCCCUUCGAGCCUUGUUAUUCUUAUGGUGUAUGGUUUUUGCCAAUGUGUUUGUCAUGAAUUUCUAGACUGUAUGGCACCUCCUUCUUAAUCAAUAUGCAAAAUAACAAAUUCGAUACACAUUGCCAUGUUUGAAGUAAGGUGAUCUAUUAGUUUCCUUUAUGUUCUUUCUGGUUAGUGUUCAUGACAUUAACAAAGCUCUGGGCCACAUGUUUGUGGUCUGUUUUUGAUGAGAAUGUUGAUUUAAUUGGUUUCCCUGUAUGCUGGAAGUAAACAUUUUCAUUUCUACUUAGGUCUUAGCAAAAGCAAAGCUAAGACAACUCAGCCUUCAUGGAGCACUGACAGCUGAGAGUCUUCUCAGAGAAAGGGCAAGGUGUCACUUGGCACUUCCAGCCAGACAGCAGGGGUGUGGUGUGUGUGUGGUAGAGGUCCGUGGGAAGUUAGCAAUGAACUGAUUCCUCUUUUCAGAGCCAUGGUUGUUCUACGAUGGCAGGUGGACAUGGAAGACAGUUGCUCCGAGACACAUCCAUUUGCAAAGCGUGUACCCUCCCGUAGAUAGUCCUAGUGUUGGAGCUCUCUGGAAUCAUCUUCAGGUCUUUUUCUCUUAAGUUAAUGUCACUCUCUGUGGUCGGCUGUGCCUCUUGAAAUGGUUGCCCCCUCUGAACAUUCUGGCCAAGAGGAAACUCUUGGUUGGUUUCAGCCGAAUAACUGUUCUCCCAUGUUACUGGAGAUAAUGAAAAACGUUGAGAAGUCUUCAAGGCGGAAUAUGGUGGUUUAUUUUCAUGUUUAAUUUCCUCUUUCCUCAGGCUUCUCUGAGAAGAACUGAGGUGAGUGAACUCAUAAAACAGUUAUUGUUCAUGGAAACUUUUUGUUUGACUCUUUCCUUAAAAUAGUUUUUUUUUUUUAACCAUAUUGCUCAAUCAGUCUCACCCCUUAUCAACAAGGUUGCAUUUUAGAUUAGUUGCUAGAAAUUUAUGAGGACUUCCUUUUUUCCCCAUUGUAUUUUAAAUUCUGUUAGGAUUGACUUAAUCUUAAAACAGUAUGGGGGGGAUUGUGGCAAUGAAUACCCAGAAAUAAUUAACGUGUGGUAGAGGUCUAGCUAGCUCACAGUUUGAAGUGAUGAGAACGUGAGUAUUUUGUUGUACUGUACUAAGUUGUACUAAAAUAUAAUGGUUUAGGUUUAUGCGCAAGACUAUGUUUUAUAGUAGUCCAGGCAGAGGGUAGACAGGAGACUUGCCAGGUAAUGUCCUAUGUGAAAAGACCUUUCAAGAAACUAUAGUGAGAGGGCAGAGUGCAGCUUAAACAUGUUGCAGUCCCUAUUGUCCUUAAAGUGGUUUUGGGAUGGAUUCAAGUUCUUAUACACUUUUUUCUCAAAUGAAAGAAUAAGCUAGGUGACUGGAGUUAAUGAACUUCUUUUCAUAAUGUAGGGGAAGUUGAAUGUAUAUAUUUAUGAGAAAAAUUGUUUAGCAGAUUAUAGUUUGGGAGAAUAGAAUGUUCACAGAAACUAGGCAACAAAAAGAAAGCAUUUUAGUCUCUAAGACCCAUGACUGAUGACUAACAUUACAAUAAUUGUAAGUCUUAGAAAGAGGUAUUAACUAAGACUAACUUGUUUGUGAUGAAAUGUUUCUUGUGCGAUAUAGUUUCAGCAGGCCAAUUCCAAUAUCCUUAUUCAGGGAAAAUUGACACUUAUAACUAGAAUAGCAGUUUGAUUUUAAUGGUGUAACUAUUAAAUUUGAGAAUAUGUAUGCCUAAGCUAAGUAUGAUGAGGUAGUAUAUGUGGGAUGUGGUCCAAUGAAUUUAAGCCCCAAGAUACAGCUAAAUACAUUUAUGGUUUCAUAAAAUCUAGUUUAGAUAGCAUUGUGAAUGCAAUUUCCAGAAAUCCAUUUGUACUUAGAGUAAAUACAAUGUUUAGGAGAUGUUUUGUGGUUUGGAUUUAUAUAUUUAUAAAGUUUUUAAAAAAUGCUCAUUUUGUCUGAAAUGUAACAUGGAAUAAAUUGGUGAGUCAUAUGGUGAGAUUUCUCAAAAGCUCUGGACAUGUAUUUUGCUUACUUGUAUAAUGUCUGCAGUGCUGAAUUUGUGUCUCUGUCUUGUGGCAGUCUUUUUUUUUUUAAGUUGUGGCUAAGUUAAUUUGGUUUUAAAGAAUUAUAAAUGUAUGACAACAAUCUCUUAGUGUUGUCGAAUGAAAAAGGGACAAUGAUUUAAUAUUUUAUUCACUGUGAUAAUGUUUUGUUUGUCUAUUAAAUUGUUAU